CCAACUGUACAUCACUUUACUGAAAUAAGUACAAAGUCUGCCACCUGCUGGUGUAAUACAAGCAACAACAAAAACACAACACGCAACUGUUUUAAACAGCGUUCAUUGCAGGACAAACAUACAUUUAAUUAGGCCAGACAAGUGGCAGCCGAGUCCAACAGCGUAGUGUAUGUGAGUCUAAACUACCACGAGUGAACCGUCUAUUAAAAUAACAUUUUCAUGACUUCCUGUGGGGUGAAAAAUAUGUUUCUGAAGCUUAAAGUCUUCCAGCAUAUGCGGUAUGGCUCAGUGGUAGCUCACACCAAGCCGCGCGCUUGCACAUACGAGCAGUUUGACCGAUUUACACAUCGCGUGCGAACUAACAGCUUCUCGUGACAGCGGGACAGAUGCUUCUCAGGCAAACGCUGCCUUCACUGCAGGAAGUGUAACGAAGCAGCACGGCGCAUGCUCUUGUGCUUCUCUGACAAGCAAGAGGAUGAACUAUCCUCUGCUGUAAAACGCUCUGUGGGGAGGGGUGAUGGCGGGUGCUGAGGUCACUGUGUCUUCAGGGGAUCUCAUGACGUUGAAAGAGGAGGAAGGGGAGUCCAGUGGCAACAACCAUAAGACUCAAGUCAUCCUGCACCUGCAGCCCAUCCUGCAUGGGAUAAAUGAUGACAUUGCAGACACUGGCACGACAGUCUUGGCCAUAGAGACACAUCAUGACAGUGCAGCAGAUAGGAGAGGAGAUCGAGUAUGGCUACCCCAUCACCUGCGGAGAAAGCAAAGCGGUUCUACUAUUUAAGAAGUUUGUGUGCCCUGGAAUCAACGUCAGAUGUGUCAAAUUCAAUGACCAGCUCAUCAGCCCCAAACAGUUUGUACAUUUGGCGGGGAAAGCCACUCUGAAGGACUGGAAAAGGGCCAUCAGACUGGGAGGGGUAAUGCUCAGGAAAAUGAUGGACUCCGGCCAGAUAGAUUUCUACCAGCAUGACACCGUGUGCAGCAACACCUGCCGCAGCACUAAAUUUGAUGUGCUGAUCAACAGCACGCGGCUUCCUCUGGGGACAGCAGUGCAGUCGAGCCCGUCAUGUCUGGCUCUUGACCUUGUCGGAGGACAGGUGCCUCCUCUGACAGUAGAGGCUGUACACGAUGCAGCAGAGGUAGAGGAGCCUUCGGAGGAGAAGUUCAGUGCAACAGCGGAGUGGAGCCCUGGUCCAGCCGGGGACGUAAAUCCCACAACCGCCAACGGACAUGCUGCAAAGAGAAAGAGGGCGGACACACCUGAUGGAGUUCUGAGCCUGUGGAGGGGUGUGGCAGACACCGGGCUGAUGGGGGAAGUCCUGUCCACUCUCCAGACUGAAUUAUUAGCCACUUUUAAAGGAGUGGAGGUUCGCAGUGAGAAAGCCAACCUGCAGGAGAAAGAUGCCGUCAUACUUAAUUCCCUGUGUAAGAUGUUUGGCCUUUUAGACUCAGUGAAGCAAGCUCUGGACCUGAAGCGCAGCCAGGACGAAGAGAACAAGUUCCAUAACAAUGUCUAUGUGUUGGAUGAGACUUUGGAGGAGUGGAAGAAGCAGGGUUGUGAUAAAAGCACCUCCUACAAAACUCUGUCCUCGAAACACCUACCACCUCAACGUCACAACCCGUCAAACAGCCAAACCCACAACCUGCUGUCCCCCGUCAAAACAAGGACAGUGAUCCAGCCUCUCUACGCUGCACCUUACGCUCAGCUCACCAUCAACCCUCAGCUCUUCACCCAUUUCUCUGCCUCCACUGACCAUCGUGCCACAGCUGGCAAGACGGACAGAGACGGCCAUGAUGCCACGCUGGAGGGGGAGCGUGAGCUCGGUGAGACGGGGAACCAGGAGAAGCUUUGCAGGCUGGGACAGGAGGCCGUGGAGGAAGAGGACACCUCAGAGAUACACAAAGAGCCUGGACAGAGGACUGUUAAGUUUAAAGAAGGCCCUAACCUUAGAAGUGAGGAAGUAGAGGAGACAGAGGGCUUGCAUGAUAUUGAAAAGGUGGUUAUAGGAAGAAAGGCGUCAAAGAAACAUAAAAGUAAGUGAGGGAGAGAGACGAGCCCAAAGGGAGAGAAUGUGCCUGAGACCUGAAGACUAAACAACAGUACAACGGUACAACAGCAGGUUUUGGACAGAAUUUGCAAUAUUUUGCAAUAUGAUCUGUCACUUUGGGUUUUGAGAAAUUGCAAUGGCCAUUUUUUAUUACUGUUUUCUGAUAUUUUAUAAACUUAAAGUCAUUAAUCAGCAACACAUACAUAUUCAGUGGUUAGUUGAUAAUGUAAUUUAUUGUUAGUUGCUGCCCUAAAACACAGACACGUCUCUUGUCUAUUAAAUAUAGUAUUAGGAACAGUACUCUUCUAAAUUUAGUAAAGAUAAAAAGGAAGUUUUAAGAUGCCUCUUAUAUGUCUGUAAAUAUGAUAUUUUGUUGUAUUUAUGAUCUUUGGUGAUAAUAUUUUCCCUCGUCUAAAAGUUAUUUGCAACUUUUUCAGGUCUUUGUGACAAAUUUUUCCUUGUGCUUUUAUAAUUAAUUUCAAAUACUAUUUGUAAUUGAACAUUUUGUGAGUUACACUUGUAAUGGGGCUUGUAUUUAGGCCCUUGUUAUAAUGUGUAAGAUCAAUGCACCAGACACUCACUGUCUGAAGAAUAAAUGAUUUUGCAUUUUUGACAGUGAGAACUACAUGUAAAGUAAGUAUUGUGACUGUUGACGUGCUGUUGCUUUAUGCAGGGUUUUACUAACGUGCUGCAAAUACAUAAUCUUCUUAAAUUACUUUUCCCUUCUAAUAUUUAUAUAUGAAUAUCAAACCAUAUCAAAAAACAUAAAGGACAAAAAUAAGUUAUGCGCAUGAUGAAAAGGACACUAAUUGUCCAA